AUGAUCUCCGAUGUCGACUCCUUGGAAAACAAGGAAAACCAAUACCAAUUGACCCAUCCCCACAAGCCGGUUGAUAGUCAGUCUCCGGGAAUCGCAAUCGGUGCCAAUGUUGAAUCUCUGUGGGUAGACCUUCAGUCAUCCGACACCAACGUCGCCGGGUUGCAUCACGACAUCUCCGGCGUGGAGGUGGAUGAUGUGGACGUAGACGACGAAGAAGACGACCUUGACGAUGAUGACGAUGAAUCUGUCACCUCACCUCACCGUUACACCAACAAAACCACGAGUCAAUCUCCCUCCAGACCCUCAUUACCAGCCUCCAAUGACUUCCAUGCGUUAUCACACGCGUUGUUGAAACCGGUCCCCGACUAUCCAGUCUCUGAUGAAGGAUUCCAUGUUUGGGAAAUCAAAAAUUGGUCCGGCCUCACCGACCACAAAGUUAGAGGACCCCGGUUCAAAGUGGGUAAUUAUGAAUGGAACGUGCUUCUUUUCCCCAGGGGAAACAACAAUACAAACUACAUGUCCGUAUACAUCGAGCCCCACCCACUUGGCCCCGAACUGGAUGAUUGGUAUGCGUGUGCACAGUUUGCGUUUGACUUGUGGAACCCCCAAAACCCCAAAUGCCAUUUUUCAGGAUCUUCUCAUCAUCGGUUCAACAAGAAUGAGACCGACUGGGGAUUCAGCUCCAUUAUAGACUUGGGCUCGUUGUAUCGGCCACGUAACAACGAGGAUGCUGCCAUCAUUGCCAAUAACCAGUUGAACAUCACUGCGUACGUGAAAAUCAUCGACGACUCGCAGACAGGGGUAUUAUGGUACAACUUCCAGGACUAUGACUCGAAGAAGAACACGGGCUACGUGGGCUUGAACAAUCAGGGUGCUACGUGCUAUCUCAAUUCGUUGUUGCAAAGCUACUAUACCACCAAGAUAUUUAGGAAGUUGGUUUAUCGCAUUCCCACCACCUCCAAUACCAUCAUCAAACUGAACAAGAAGAUCCGCAAGCAGAGCUCCGUGGCCUUAUCGUUACAGAAGAUUUUUUACUUGUUGUCGACAUCCCCAGUUCCAGUGGGCACUUUGGAGUUGACUAAGGCUUUUGGGUGGGAUACCAGUGAUGCCUUUACCCAGCACGAUAUCCAAGAAUUGAACCGGAUCUUGAUGGACAAGUUGGAGACUUCCAUGAAGGGAACUCCAAUCGAAGGAAAGUUGAACGACUUGUUCGUGGGGGAAAUGAAGAGUUUCAUCAAAUGUAUUAAUGUCCCAUAUGAAUCGUCCAGAGUGGAAGAUUUCUGGGAUAUCCAGUUGAACGUGAAGGGAUACAACAACCUCACUGAUUCGUUCAAAAACUACAUCGAGUUGGAAAUGUUGACCGAUGAUAACAAGUAUCAGGCUGGUGAUGACUAUGGUUAUCAGGAUGCUAAAAAGGGUGUUGUUUUCCGAUCUUUCCCUGCGGUUUUGCACUUGCAGUUGAAAAGAUUCGAAUACGAUUUUAUGAUUGACGAUUUACAAAAGAUUAAUGAUUUAUAUGAGUACCCAAAUGAAAUUGACUUAUCUCCUUACUUGGAUGAAGACCUUCCCGGCGAUGUCAAGCUGCAGAACUGGACCUACAAGUUGCACGGAGUGUUGGUGCACCAGGGUUCCAUUUCCAACGGCCACUAUUACGCCAUGAUUAAACCCAAGGCUCACGAGGAUUACUGGUUACGUUUUGAAGAUGAUAAGGUGUGGAAGGUCACAAGAAGUCAAGUUUUCGAAGAGAACUUCGGAGCAAAUGAACUCAGCCAGGAGGAAUUCUUCAAGUUGUCGAAGUUUGAACAGAAUGAGAACAUGAUUAGACGGUCAACUAGUGCCUAUAUGUUGGUUUAUUACCGUGAAACGAUGUUGGAUGAAAUUUUGCCUGACGAUGACGAAGAAAUAGACAAAUGUGUCCCAUCUUUUAUUCCAGUUGAAAUUGAACAACAAAUAAAUGAAGUCAAAAUGAUUGAAGAUUUGAAGUUGCAACAAUUAUACAACAUCAACAUCAAUAUUGUCAACCUCACAAACUUCCAGAACUAUUCUGAGUUCGACUACUACUACGAUUCAACAAAUCAAAAAUAUUAUGACAAGCAGGCUUUGCAGAAGAACCAACUUCUUCAACCAUUAGUUUUAAGCUUGAAGAAGACUGAUACCAUUUUUGAUUUGUACAAUAAAAUCAGUGAGACGUUGAAUGUUCCUGUAAAAGUGAGCAAAGUUGACCACUUGAGUGACUUGCCUUAUAGAUUGUUAUUGAUCUGUCACCGCAACAAUCAAACUAACCGUGUCGAUGGUUGUUUGAACUUGAGUGAAUUACUCGAAGAGAAUGGUGAAAAGGAUCUUACUUUAACCUCCAUUUAUAACAAACUUUUCAACAAACGGUUCGAUGAAAUGGUGUUUUACACCGAAGAGUUCAAGUAUGACUUGGACUACGUUAAUGAACAUAAUGCUCAUAAAUCGGUCCCAAUAGAAGAUUUCAAGUUUGAACUGGUUUCGAACAAGUUCAAGAAUGCUUCUCAACUUGCAACUACAACACCUCCUCUUCCAAAGACUUUGGAUGACCUGUCAAAUAAUAUCGUUAUUUUCUUCAAGUUUUUCAACCAUUUUACUAAUGAAUUGAGAGGAUUGACCCACUUGGUGGUCCCCAAGGAUGAAAAGGUUGCAAAUAUCCUGAACAAAUUAAAGAAAUUGUUGGACUUGGACACUUCUGUCAAUUUGGAAUUGGUGGAAGAAUUAACCCCAAACAAAUUAGAGGUCGUUCAUGUCAGUUCAUCUCUCGAAAAAAAUGAAUUGAGCAAUGGUGAUAUAUUGAUAUGUCAAGUGCAUUCUCCUGAAGGAAAUAAAGCCUUAGCGGAAUACUUCAAAUUCCUCACCAGCCGGCUUCACCUCAAAGUAUCUCUUGUGAAAAAUGAUUUGCCUCGUGUUGCAAGUGAAGAUAUGAUCAAAGAGAGUGAUGAUGAAUUGUCUGAUGUUGCAAUGGAGAAGAACUCGGGUGUAGAUUCGUCAGAUGGAGAUGAAGAAGUGUUUUACUUAUGGGUUUCAAGUACAUAUAGCUACGAACAAUUAAGCAAGAAGAUUGGGGAACGGAUCAAACAAAACCCUGAAUACUUGAGAUUCUUUGUUAUUAACCAGCAAGGCUUUAAGUUGCCAAUCAGCACAUCUUCGAACUUGGCACAAUUCUUCCCAAAGUCCUUGCCAAUUUCUACUCUCAUUGAUUUUGAAUAUGAAGUUUUGCAAAUCCCACUUAAAGAACUCGAGAGUAUGAAAGUUCUUAAUGUUACCUGGGUCACGAAUAUCAUGCAGUAUGAAGAGUUGGAAAUUUUAGUUCCAAUCCACGAAACUGCUCACGAAUUAGUCGAAAAGGUUUUCGAAGCAUUGGAAGAAAGAAGCCAUGAUACCAGCAAAAUCGACAAAUCCAACUUGUUUAUGUACUGUGGUAAUAAUAGCAAGUAUGUUGAUUUGGUCAAGUUCAACAAACCCAUUGACAGUUUGAAUGAAUCACUAGAUUACUAUAUUGGAGAGUUCCCCACCGAGCUCAAUGUUUUGAUCAAUUACGACCUCGUCAGCAGAUAUCAGAGUUCCAGCUCUGUUCCUAACUUUGAAAGUGGUAUUGAAAAAUACGAAUACGACAUGGCAGUCAAACACACAAAGGAUUUGAAUAUUAUUCCAGUGUUUCAUUUUCAUAAAAACUCCAACUACCAUCAUUCCAUUCCAUUCUUGCUAGUGCUUUUCCCCAACGAAUCUUUCAAAAACACCAAGAAGCGGUUACAACAUAAGUUGGGCUUCAACGAUUUGAACUUUGGAAAAGUCAAGUUUGCGUUGGCGGACUCCAACGAUAAAGGAAAAUACUUGGACGAACACGACAAUUUGAUAUUGUAUAACGAGGUCACGUCUGAGUUAUCCAGUUUGGCACUUGAUCAUUUCGAUAAGAAUCCCAAGAAAAGUAUGUUUGAUAAAGGUAUCCAGAUCAAAUAA